AUGGAACUUUAUUGUUUGAAUACAAAUGGAAAUACCAAUAGAAUUAGAGUUCGACUUCAGGUUCUGGAUAAAAACGACAGUCCUCCUACUUUUCGGGACCUACCACUGACAUUUUCCGUGUCUGAGGAUCUGGGAGCUGGACAGUCCGUAGCAACACUGAGAGCGACUGAUCCCGACACUAUUGGCACUCUGUCGUAUGCUCUCAUCUCUGGGGAUGAUGAUAAAUUUUCCUUGGAAAGUGAUACUGGCAUCCUGAAGCUCAGGGACUCCCUCGACAGGGAAAUCAAGGAUGUCUACAAACUAAUUGUGAGAGUCACAGAUGGAGUGCAGUACACUGAGACCACGAUAACCAUUCAGGUGACAGACACCAAUGAUAAUCCACCGAUCUUCGAGGAACCAGCAUAUUCCUUCGACAUCCCGGAGAAUGCACCUCGUGGCUACCAAGUGGGCAUCAUUUCGGCCACUGAUCCCGAUCUGGGAGCCAACUCCAUGCUGUCCUAUACUGUCAUCUCCGACUGGGCGAACGAUGUCUUCUCACUAAACCCCCAGACCGGCGUCUUCACGCUAACAGCCCGUCUCGAUUACGAGGAGGUACAACACUACAUUUUGGUGGUUCAGGCGCAAGAUAACGGUCAUCCCAGUCUUUCAACAACACUCACCGUCUACUGCAAUGUGCUGGAUCUCAAUGACAAUGCUCCAAUCUUCGAUCCAAUGAGCUACUCCAAUGAUAUCUACGAGAAUGUAUCCAUUGCGACGUCCGUGGUCAUCGUCAGUGCAACUGAUAUUGAUUCAGGAGAUAAUGGAAGGAUUGAGUAUAGCAUAACAGCUGGAGAUGACAACAAUGAUUUUGAAAUAACACCCAGUGGUACCAUCCAGACGAGACAAAUGCUGGAUCGCGAGACAAAAGCCACGUACAGUCUUGUGGUAACAGCUCGGGAUUGUGCUGAGGAGCAGCAAAAGCGACUCUCAUCGACAGUUCAGGUCACAGUUACUCUGAAGGACGUGAAUGACGUGGCACCAACAUUCAUUACGGCAAAUGAAACCAGCGUGGCAGAGAACAUCCCCAUGAAUACUGUCGUAAUGGCUAUUAAAGCAACAGAUCGCGAUGAGGGUCGAAACGGAUACAUUGAAUACCUCCUGGCUUCGGAACCUGCUGUACCAUUUACAUUGGGAACUGUCGAUGGACUUCUUAGGGUGUCUGGAAGACUCGAUAGGGAAAUCCGAUCCAGCUACAACCUUAUGGUUACAGCCAGAGACCGAGGAGAUCCACCAAAAUCCACCCAAACCAACAUAUCUGUGAAAAUUUUGGAUGAAAAUGACAAUAGCCCUGUCUUCGAUCCUAAACAGUACAGUGCCUCUAUAGCUGAGAACGCCAGCAUCGGUGCCAUGGUUCUUCAGGUCUCAGCCACGGACAUCGAUGACGGGGCGAAUGGUCGGGUGAGAUUCUCAAUCUCUGGCGGCGAUGACAAUCGCGAUUUCAGCAUCAGUGAGGACUCGGGUGUGGUGAGAGUGGCCAAGAAUCUCAACUUUGAGCGCAAGUCACGGUACGUCCUCACAGUUCGUGCCGAAGACUGUGCCAGCGAUGUGGGAAGUGGCGAGACGAGAUUCGACACAGCCGAACUCACCAUCACCAUCACUGACAUCAAUGACAAUCCACCCACAUUCCUGGACAGUCCCUAUUUGGCUUAUGUUAUGGAGAAUGUCAUCCCGCCAAAUGGGGGCUAUGUCAUUACGGUCAGAGCAUACGAUGCAGAUACCCCACCCUUCAACUCCCAAGUUAGGUACUUUCUCAAGGAGGGUGAUGCUGAUCUCUUUCGCAUAAAUGCAAGCACUGGUGAAAUAUCCCUUCUGCGUGCUCUAGACCGGGAAUCUCAAGCUGAGUACACCCUCACGCUGGUAGCAAUGGAUACUGGAUCACCUCCAUUGACUGGAACCGGAACUGUAAGAGUAAUUGUACAGGAUAUGAAUGAUCAUAGUCCUGAAUUUGCAAGGCAAUCUUACCGAACCGUUGUAAUGGAGAAUCAACCAUCGGGAAGUAAAGUCUUGCAACCUAAGGCAACAGACAGGGAUGCUGGUCUGAAUGGAAAAAUUCGAUUCAGUUUAUUGGGGGAGAAAGUGGAGAGAUUUCAUGUGAAUUCUGAAAAUGGAGAAGUAACAACAGCUCUGAUCCUCGAUCGAGAAGACACAUCCAUCUACCACUUAACCCUAAUGGCUCAGGACAGUUCAGCCACAGAACCCCGAGCAACAGCUGUGAAUCUCACUGUUGUUGUGGCUGAUGUUAAUGACAAUACUCCCAUGUUCGAAUCUCCCUCCUUCAAUGUAAACGUUCCGGAUCGCAUCAAGGCUCAACAAUUUGUCUUUGGAGCUCGAGCUGUUGACCUAGAUCAGGGUGCUAACAGUCGGAUUGUUUACUCCAUCAGUGGCAAAGAUGUUGAUAAAUUUGCCAUCAAUGCCAACACUGGAGUUAUCAAGACCUUUGAAGAGCUAUCCCUCAAUGGUCAAGGUGUGGAUAAAGUAUACAGUUUGAUAGUGAAGGCUGUGGAUCAGGGAGUAGAACCAAGAUCAGCAACAGCUGAACUUACAAUCUUGUUGAAACCUGCUCAUCUCUUUCCGACAUUUUCAUACAUGGCUGAAACCCAAUUUGUUAUGCCCGAAGAUGUUGCUGAGGGCAAGAUGAUCACAAAGAUAUCAGCCACAUCACCAAAGAAAGGUCCAGCUGGAAACAUAAAGUACGCCAUUGCUGGAGGAAAUACCAAGGAUGCUCUUAAAAUUGAUCCUAGUACAGGAGAAGUGACCAUUGGCAAGGGUGGACUGGAUUACGAAACACUUCAGCAAUAUGAAGUAUGGAUAGAGGCAGCAGACUCCGACAGACCAUCUCUGAGGAGUGUUAUUCGUUUGCUCAUCAACGUCACAGAUACAAACGACAAUGCUCCUGUUAUGGACAAAAUGAUCUACCACAGUGAAGUUAUGGAGGAGGAAGCACCUCCUCUGACAGUGGUCCAAGUCAGUGCACAAGAUGCAGAUUCCGAUGAAAAUGGUCAGGUCACCUAUCGCCUGAGCAAUGAUUUUGAGGGUGCCUUUGAGAUUGAUUCGGAUACAGGUGAAAUUUUUACAAAUAUGCGCCUUGAUCGGGAGGAAGUGUCUCUCUUCGAACUCACCGUUGAGGCUGUGGACCAGGGAAUGCCUCAACUCACAGGAACUGCCACAGUUUUGGUAACAAUCCUGGACAAGAAUGACAAUCCACCACGGUUCACACGACUCUUCAGUGUCAAUGUAACGGAAAAUGCUGAGAUUGGAUCUUUUGUGAUCAAAGUCACAUCUUCAGAUCUCGAUACUGGAAUCAAUGCCAAUGCUUCUUACAGUUUCGCAGAGAAUCCCGGCAAUAAAUUCUCAAUUGAUGCAAUUUCCGGAAAUGUAACUGUGACUGGUCAUCUGGAUCGCGAGCAACAGGAUGAAUACCUGCUCAAAGUAGCAGCUGUUGAUGGAGCUUGGCGAGCAGAGACUCCCUUGACAAUCACAAUUCAAGAUCAAAAUGAUAAUGCUCCUGAAUUUGAGCACAGCUACUAUAGCUUCAAUUUUCCGGAACUCCAGAGAGCUGUGGCAUUUGUAGGGCAAGUUACUGCAACUGAUCGUGACAAGCAAGGACCAAACUCUGUUAUCUCCUACUCCCUACAACAGCCAUCGGAUCUGUUUAGCAUAGAUCCUGCUACUGGAGAUGUCUUCAGUAAGAGAACUAUCCACUACAGACACACCCAGAUGGAAGCUUCUCCUGAGAACAUGUACUCCUUGACCGUUCUUGCGACAGAUAACGGCAAACCUCCAAUGUAUUCCGAAUGUUUAGUUAACAUCAACGUUGUUGAUGCUAACAACAACCCACCGAGAUUUGAGCAACAUGAAUACCUAUCUCCAGUUCCCGAAGAUGCUCAAGUUGGACAGCGAGUAGUUCAAGUCAUAGCACGGGAUGAGCUUGACUUUGGCAUUAAUGCCGAAGUGGAUUAUGCAAUAAUUGGUGGCAAUGGAACCAAGAACUUCGGAAUCAAUAAACAAAAUGGCUGGAUUACUGUACUCAAGCCCCUGCAGAACUUACUUAGUCGUGUCUUCGCACUUCACAUCCGUGCUGUGGAUCGGGGAGUUCCUCCACAGCAAGAUGAAACCACAGUCACCGUUGUCGUGACGGGAGAGAAUCGCUUUGCUCCCGUCUUUACGGCUCUCAGUUACCAAGUGAUUGUUCCUGAAAAUGAACCUACAGGCUCAACAAUUCUGAUUGUAAGUGCCUCAGACAAUGAUGAUGGUCCCAAUGGAAUGGUUCGUUAUACCAUUUCCGGAGGUAAUGAACGCAAGGAAUUCGAUGUACAUCCAACAUCUGGAGCUGUGACCAUUCUACAAUCUCUUGAUUAUGAUGUUGUGCAAGAGUAUCAUCUCAAUAUCACAGCUGAAGAUCUGGGUUUUAAAUCCAAGAGUGCAGUUGCCAUGCUUACAGUUACCCUUACGGAUAUCAAUGAUAAUGCUCCAGUAUUCAACCAAACCGAAUAUCAUGCUCAUCUACCGGAAAAUUCACCACGGAAUAGUUUUGUAUAUCGUGCAAUUGCUACGGACAGAGAUUCACCAAAGAAUUCUGUAAUUCUGUAUUCGAUUGUUGGAGGAUCUGGAAAGGAUCUCUUCUACAUCGAACAAUCCCUGGGAAUUAUCAAAUCCAAAACGAGUUUUGACUACGAAGAAGACAACCUCUAUACUCUGGAUGUAAUGGCAGCUAAUCCUGACUCUACUAUGUCCAAUACGGUCAAAGUGAUUGUCCACAUCACUGGAGUUAAUGAAUUCUAUCCGAGAUUUAUCCAACCAGUAUUUCACUUUGAUGUUUCCGAGUCUGCAGAAGUUGGCACGAGUGUUGGUGUCAUUGAAGCUACAGACAAGGACUCUGGAGAUGACGGAAAAGUGUACUACUUGCUAGUUGGAUCAAGUAAUGACAAAGGUUUUGGGAUUCAUCCAGAAACAGGAGUAAUGUAUGUUGCCAGAAAUCUUGACAGAGAAACCCAAAGUCGUGUCGUUCUCACAGUAAUGGCUAAAAAUUUUGGGGGAAUCCGUGGCAAUGACACUGAUGAAGCUCAAGUUAUAGUUUCGAUUCAGGAUGGCAAUGAUCCUCCGGAAUUUAUCGUGCCAACCUAUGAAGCAAAUGUGUCUGAAGGAUCCCAAAUCGGAACCAAAGUUAUUACAGUCAAGGCUGUAGAUAAGGAUAUUAGGCCACAAAAUAAUCAAUUCAGUUAUUCAAUCAUCGGAGGAAAUAGUGAUCAAUCAUUUAAGGUGGAUCCUCAGACUGGACAAAUAGAAACUUCCAGGAAACUUGACAGGGAAUCCACUCCUGAGUAUUCUCUGACAGUUGGAGCUAUUGAUACUGGAGUUCCACCACAAACGGGUACAGCAAUGGUACAUAUCUCCGUUACUGACAUCAAUGACAACGGACCAAUCUUUGAUCCUGCUGAUGUUGUAGGAUACGUCACGGAAAAUGAGCCUGCUGGAACUAGUGUAAUGACUCUUACAGCAACAGAUCCUGACUUGCCACCAAAUGGCGCACCAUUCACUUACUACCUCAUCGGAGGAAGGCAUAAAUCACUGGUGACUGUAGAGAAGCACAGUGGACUGAUGAAGACAACAAGGAGUUUAGAUCGCGAAGCUACUCCAGUCUUAGACCUUAUUGUGGAAGUUGAAGACAAUGGAAAGCCCAGAAUGCGAUCUCAACACGCAAUUACUAUCAACGUAAGGGAUGAGAAUGACAGUCCAUCGACACCUCGUGUAGUUCAUGUUCUCGUUCAUGCUUUCAAUGGAAGGAUUCCUGUGGGAAAAAUUGCCGAUGUACAUCCAAAUGAUCCUGAUAUUGUUGGUGACUAUAGGUGCAAAAUUUUAACCCAUGGAGCCUCUUCAGCAGCUCUUCAGAUACCCAAUGGAUGCAAUCUGCACACUACACCAAAAACCCAGAGUCAAGGAUAUUCCUAUUCAGUGUCUGGAAAUGAUGGACGACAUGCUGACGUGGUAUCCACAGUUAGUGUUGAAUUCCUCUUUUUCGAUAACAUAACUGUUGAAAAUUCCAUCACGAUCAGAAUUGAAAAUGCAUCGGCAUCGAAAUUCCUAGGUUCUGCAUAUAGAUCCUUUUUGGAUCUCAUGAAGAGCGCUAUUGAGUCAGGAGAUGAGCUCAAUCUAUACUCCUUGAGGGAUACAAACAGUAGCCUUGAAUUGACUGUGGCAGUGAAGAAUCUCUCUGGAUACCGAUCUCCCUCCUACGUUACUGAGAAGUUGUCCAAAAAGCGUCAAGCUAUGGCUCAGCUUCUUCAAACGUCGUCCAUAAUAAUCGGAUAUACACCUUGCAAUCAAGAUACCUGUGACAAUGGUGGAGUGUGUUCGGAGAAGAUCUCAGUUAGUCGAGAAGAGACAAGAAUUACAGACAGUCAAGCUCUGAUCUUUACGUCGCCUCUGGUUAAUCAUGAUUUCACUUGUCGUUGCGUUGAAGGAUAUACCGGAGUGAGGUGUGAUAAGCGUCAGGAUCCCUGUUCACCAAAUCCUUGUCAAUCAGGCGGAGAAUGUCGUCGUCAAGGCUAUGACUUCCAGUGUCACUGUCCACCCCAUCGAGAAGGAAAGUUCUGCCAACUGGAAAGAGGUGAUGCAUGCUCAAGCAAUCCAUGCAAGAAUGGCGGAUCGUGCAGAGAAAGUCCCGAUGGAUCCUCAUUCUUCUGCCUUUGUCGUCCAGGCUACCGAGGAAACAACUGCGAAACAAUUGCUGACUCAUGCAGACCCAAUCCCUGCCUUCAUGGUGGACUAUGCGUCAGUCUAAAGCCUGGCUACAAAUGCAGCUGUGUCGACGGUCGCUAUGGAAGACACUGCGAGAGAGCUACUUUCGGAUUCAAAGAACUCUCCUACUUGGCAUUCCCCUCACUCAAUGCCGCCACGAACGAUAUCAGUAUCAUCUUUGCGACAACAAAACCAGAUGCUCUCCUUGUAUACAACUAUGGGCAUCAAAGUGGAGGGAGAUCUGACUUUGUGGCGAUGGAAAUUGUCAAGGGAAAGGCUGUCUUCUCGUUUGGAGGUGCAAGAACAGCCAUAACUUCUGUUGUUGUUGGAGGACCCCAUGGAACGCUAUCCAACGGGAAAUGGCACAAAGUCACUGCGACAAGGAAUGAGAAGGUCAUGUCUUUGAGUGUCUCGAAAUGCGAUGAAAAUGGAGAUGUCUGCGAUGAAUGCCGUCCUGGGGAUGCAUCCUGCUACUCUGACGACAUUGGACCGACUGGAACCCUAAACUUCAACAAACAACCCCUUCUGAUUGGUGGUUUAAUGUCUGCCGAUCCUGUACUUGAGCGUCCUGGUCAGGUGCAUUCAGACGAUCUUAUUGGAUGCGUCCACAGUGUAUCAAUCAAUGGAAGACCACUUAAUCUCACCAAUCCACUUAAAUCUCGAGGAGUGGUACCGACAUGCAGCAGGACUACUGGAGGACCUUGUUCCAGAGGUCUUCCGGGUGAUCCUAGUCUACCUCUGUGUGGUUCAUUUGGGACGUGUAUGGAUCGUUGGCAUACAGCUAUGUGUCGAUGCGGAGGAGAAUUACUCUCUCCAGAUUGCUAUCAAUCUUUGGAUCCUAUCUCUUUGAGCGAAGGUGGCUUCAUUGAGUUCCAGAUCUCUGAAAAGCACAGACGGAUGCAACUACUCGAGCAUCUCUACAGUGGAGCUUCAAUGUGGAACUACGAAGUUUCGCGUGAGAAGAGAUUUACUUCUAAGAAUGGAGGAAAUAUCACAACAUUAGCUCUUACUGAGGAUCCUCCCAAAUCCAUGAGUAUCUUGUUUAGAACAUUGCGGCCUAAUGGACUACUGCUCUUUGCGGCUACCAAUAAACACUACACAUCAGUGGAAUUGAGAAAUCGAAGACUGGUUUAUAGUUCUCAACAGAGUUCUCCGGUCAACAUGACUGAUCAGCAUCAUGACAAUCUGGCUGAUGGGAAAUGGCACAAUCUGACGCUAUACACCUUCAGUCGAGUUCUCCACGUAUUGGUGGAUGGGAAGCUUAUUGGAGAUGAACUGGAUUCAGCUGGUGUCCAUGAUUUUCUAGAUCCGUAUCUAACAGUAUUGUCAGUUGGAGGAGUCAGGCGAGAAUUGAUAUCACUGGAAACUGUUCCACCGCCAUUUGAAGGAUGCUUUUCGAAUUUUACUAUCAACAAUGAGAUUCAGCCUUUUAAUGGAUCCGGAAGUGUUUUUCCUGAGGUCCAGACCCGUGGGAAAGUUUACCAAGGAUGUCAUGGAUUGAUUGGUCUAGGAUCAGCUCAAGUUACCGAUCCACUAAGCAUUGGAAUAACCCUUGUCAUUGUAUUUUUUGUAAUUCUAUUGGUGGCCAUCUUUGCUUCGUUCAUUGUCUUCAGGCUGAGGAAGCAGCAGAAAGAGAAGAGUGGUGGCCCUGGUGGACCCAGUGGACUCCACAGUAAGCAAAAUGGUGGACCUACGCUAUUGGGAGGUGGUGGAAUGUCAUCUGCAGCUGAUUGUGUUAUGGGCAGAGGUCUCCAUGGUGGUGAUCCAACCGUUGGCUUCCACUCGGACAAUGGAGAUCUGAUUCGGGGUGUUGCAGGGCACCAUCUUGUGGCUCCAGAACUCAUUUCGAAGAAGUACAAGGAGCGAGAAAUCACAUCGGGCGAUCAUCAGAGACCUCAGCGUCCGGACAUAAUUGAGAGGGAAGUUGUGAGUAAGAGUCCUCCAUUGAGGGAAGAUCAUCAUCCGCCGAUACCACCACCGAGUCAGCAACAUCAUCCCCAUGAUCAUCCAGGUGGAGUGGAUUUGGGGUCAGAGUUUCCUGAGCACUAUGACCUCGAAAAUGCCAGUUCUAUUGCACCUUCGGACAUUGAUAUCGUUUACCACUACAAAGGGUAUCGCGAAGCCGGCGGUGUGAGGAAAUACAAAGCUACACCACCACCUGUGGCAUCGUACACUCAUCACAAACAUCAAGCUGCAGCACAGCAACAGCACAGGCACUCACCGCACCAUGCUGGACCCUAUGCACCAAGAGUCCCACCAACAGCCAGUGCCCCACCAGCGAGUACACCGCGUCAGCAUCAAUCCACACCGCUGGCACGGCUGUCGCCCAGUUCUGAGCUCAGUUCUCAGCAGCCAAGAAUUCUCACGUUGCACGACAUCUCGGGAAAACCCUUGCAGAGCGCCCUGCUGGCCACCACGUCGAGUUCCGGCGGCGUUGGAAAGGACGCUCUGCACAGCAACAGUGAGCGCAGUCUCAACAGUCCUGUGAUGUCACAGCUGUCCGGCCAGAGCUCUAGUGCUAGUCGUAAGAAUCCGGGACCUCCACCCCAAGCACCCAAUGUCACAGCUGUAGGAAGUCUCACAGCUGAAGAGAUUGAACGACUCAAUGUACGACCACGUACGAGUAGUUUAGUUUCGACAUUGGAUGCUGUUUCCAGUAGCAGUGAGGCACCCCGUGUACCCGGAGCGGGUCACCAUCUGGCCCAUCUACAUCACUCUCCAGCCGUUGACACUCACAGUUCCACGUCAACAGAUGAGAGUGGCAAUGACAGUUUCACGUGCUCAGAGAUUGAGUACGAUAACAACAGCCUCAGUGGAGAUAAGUACACAAAACCAGGGGAUGAUGAUGAUCGACGUGGGAAUGAAAGUGGUACGGGAUCGGGAAAACCACCAAUUCCUCCACCAUCGUAUGAUGGUUUCGAUUCAUCGUUUAGGGGCUCUCUGAGCACCCUGGUGGCAUCUGACGAUGACCUGUCCACUCAUAUGGGUGGGAUCUAUCGACAACCAAAUGGGGCAUCACCCAGUGCAACUACAGCUCUUGGCUGGGACUAUCUACUGAACUGGGGACCAAAUUUUGAGAGUCUAAUGGGAGUAUUCAAGGACAUUGCCGAACUUCCGGACAGUGUAAAUGGACAUGUACAACCCCUAAGACUUCCCAGUAGUAUGCAAAAGCCCUCCGAAGAGUAUGUCUGACAACUCUGAGGCAAUAUCCCAAAAAUAAACCCUGACAGUCAUCAUAAACCUAAACCUCUUCCUUAGGUGUACAUAGUUUAAAUUAAUAAACAAGUAGCAAACAACAAAAAAACAAUUUAUCUCCCCAUGAAUGCAAACAAUUUGCUGAAGGACAACCUCGAAAAAAUACACAAAAAAAUCCUUCAGCGAUCCAUCGCCUUGGGGAUCCCUCUAGUACAUCAAGUAGCCACUUAGUCUUAAUAUUCUUAAGCAAUUUACUGUGUGAAUGGGUAAUGAGAAUUUAGUGAGAAAGAGCGAGUGCAAAGAUGCAGCCUUGUAUCAAGGUUCUACAUCAAUCCAAUCUCCGAGUGCUAUAAUAAAUUAAUCAAUGAAAGUUGCUAGUGUUAGAUCGUAAUUUGUUAUUAAAAUUAAUAAGGAAACAAAAAAGAACUACAAUUGUAUCUUCUUGCCAUAAUAAUGGGAGUUAUAUCCAUUUUUUUUGUAAUGAAUAUAUCGUAAUCCUUUUUUCCAGUUAAAAAAAAUCAACAAGAAAACCCCCUCUAAAACACCUUUUUAUCAUUUUUAGUUAGAAUACAAAAUAAGUCGGAAUUUUGCAAAAGAAAAGCCAAUUAAUUUUCUUAUGUAAAAUUACAAAACUCUUAGGUGAAACGAAAUAAAUAAAAACAAGACUGUUCAAAUGUUUUUUUUUCUCUGUAAUUUAAAUAAAUUAAAGAAUGUAAAAGAAUCCACUAAAAUAGUGAUAGAAAAUGCAAAAAAGUGUAUUAUAGAAAAUGGUCUAAAUUUGCCAUUAAGUUAAUAAAAAAAAAUUAAUUCGCGAAAUAAAAAUUAUAUCGAAAUUUUAGACAAAAAAGAACACAAACUAUCAAAUUAAAGGGUGUGCAAGAAAAUUGAUAAUGUCUAGACAAAAAUAUUUGGCACGUUCAUUUGUUGCAUAAUUAGAAGUAGAAAAGCAUUUCAGUGACGAGGUGAAAUUGUAUAAAAGGAACAUUAGGAAGCAUGAAAUGAAAAGAAAUGUCUUUUUCCAUGUAAAUUAUCAUCAAUAAAAUCGACAGUAAUAAA